AUGGAUCCCCCAUUGAAAUUAGGUUUAUAUGAUCCAAUAAAUAUAAAUGAGUCAGAACCACGAAAACAACAUCAACAUGUAACAAAAGCUGAAUAUUCUCCUAUUGGCUCAUCGCGUAAACUAAAUUUAUUACUUCAUCGUUCACUUCGAUAUUCAUAUCGGCAACGAUAUUGUCGAUGUUGUCCAACAAUACUUUGUGAACUUUUACUUCCAUUAAUUCUUAUUGGAUUAUUAGCUUUAACACGUCAUGAAACUGAAGCACUCUUUGAAUGGAUAGAUAAGAGUUCUCUUUCUGCUUCAAGAAGUUCGUAUCAUUCUCGAUGUCCACAAAAUCGAAAUACAACAAUAACAACAAAUUUAUCAACAGAUUCAAUAAAAAUUUGUUUCAAAUUUCAACCAUGUUAUGAAGGCCAUAGAGUUCGAUUUUGCCUUUCAGAAACAGCUGUAAGCAUAACAAAUUUUGUAUUUCGACCAAUAACAAAUGAUACGAAUGUUCUUGUUGAACGUGCUAAAACACGUUUGAAAAAUAUGAAUUGUACAAAUAUAAAAGUUUGGAAUCAAAAUAUGAAUGAUAAAAAUGUUAGUCAUUUAUUACAAAAUGAAAAAAAAAAUACAGUUACUUUUGAUUUUGGUUCAACAUCUAGUUUAAAAAAUGGACAUAAUCUUGAUUAUAACAUAAUGGUUCCAAUGCCAGACAUUAUUCCUAAAACUGAUCCAGUUGAUCUGACAUUUCUAUCAUUUUUACAUCCAUCAUCUAUUCGUGAUCGAUCUGAUGUAAUAGAUAGACCUGAUUAUGAUUUUGAAGAUUCAAGAUCACCUAACUUUAGUUAUGCAAAAAUGUCUAUUGGUUCAAGAUUACCUGAAUUUAGUGAUGUAAAAAUGUUUAUUGAUGCAUUACUUAUUGGUUAUCAAACGAAUAGAAAUAUUACAUUUGAACUUCAAAAAGCACCUAUGACAUGUACACCAUAUCGUCGAGAUUAUCUGUUUUUUGAAUCAGGAUCACCACUCGUAAUAAUAGUUGUAAUGUUUAUUGAUUUUGUAUAUUUCAUUCCAUAUUUAAUUCUUCUAACCAGUUUAAUUCAAGAAAAAAAUGCUAAAGUUAAAGAAAUUCUUAAAGUAAUUGGAAUUGAACCUAUUUUAAAUAAUUUUGCUCAAGCAAUUCGAACAUUAAUUAUUCUUUGUUUUUUAACUAUAUUAUUAUGUAUUAUAUUUAUAUUAGAAUUGAAAUCUGAUACAUAUUUUAACAUAGUUAAUUUUGGCGUUCUUUUUCUUGGAUAUUUAAUACAUGGUUUACAAUUAAUAUCAUUUUGUAUAAUGAAUGCACAAUUAUUUGAUAAAACUUUUCGAGCAGUAUUAGGCACUUUUUUCAUAUAUGGUCUAUCAGUAUUUAUAUAUCCAUUUAUUAUUGGAUGGCCAACAGCUAUACAAUAUAUAUUCAUAUUUAUUAGUCCCUAUAUUGCUGGACGUUCUAUUUUUCAACAAGUAAUUUUACAUGAUUUAGCAUAUAAAAAUGUAGCAUUCUUUCAAACAAUUUAUCGUCAUGUACCAAUAUAUUUUGUAACAUUGAUUAUUAUGAUUAUUAGUUGUACCUUCUAUUGGAUUUUAUCUUGGUAUUUGGAAAAAGUUGUUGUAGGUGAAUAUGGUAUUUCACUUGAUUGGAAUUUUCUUUUCAAACAAAAUUAUUGGCGUUUGAAAAAAGUUAAUCAUACUAUUGAAUCAUUUCCUGAUCGUGCUUUAUCUCUUAAAAGAACUCAUUCUAAUAUCAGACCUAUUGUACAUGUGAAUCAUCUUGUUAAAAAAUUUGGUCUAGAUAAAAUCGCAGUUAAUGAUGUCUCAUUUGAUUUAUAUGAAAAUCAAAUCACAUCAUUACUUGGACCAAAUGGUUCAGGUAAAACAACAAUAUUUAAUUGCUUAAUUGGAAUAUAUAGACAAACAUUUGGUAUAAUAACAAUUGAAAGUGAAGAUGGAGAAGAUUUGGAUACACGAACAAAUAUGGAAUUAUUAAGAAAAUCGAUGGGUUAUUGUCCUCAACAUGAUAUUCUUUUUGAUUUAUUAACUAUAAAAGAACAAAUUGAAUUUUAUGCAACAGCUCGAGGAUUUGGAAAAAAUAAACAACAGAUAGCAUCUGAAAUGCUUCGUUUAGCUGAUCUUGAAGAAUUACAAGAUCUUUAUUGUAAUACAUUAUCACGUGGAAUGAAAAGACGUUUAUCAUUAGCUUGUGCAUUUGUUGGUGAU